CGCGAUAGUCGCGUAUGACGCUGACGUAUUAUUUGCGGGACGAGUUUCCUUGUGUUUAUGAACACCGGGGGCGCUCCGGUCGGUGCAGAUCAAUAAUUACGGCGGAGGAUGUCUGCUGCAGCUCUACGUUUGAUCCGCUGUCGGAGGCUGAGCACAGCUGGGCCGCAUGGAGUGAAGAGAGUGCUUCAGUGGAAAAAUUUAAGGAGGUUUGCUAAAGUGACCAGUGCAGUUGUCCUGGGGGGCUGUCUUUUUAUCACUUAUGAAGUGGAGGCCCUUGAUAAGGCUGUGACCAUUGACACUCGUGCAAUUCUUCAGGAGAAGUACAAGUCUUACAUCUAUCUUAGAGCCACACCCUCCGAUGAGAAGGAAAACCUCGCUGCAGGGCUCACACACAAAACCAGGAGAGAACUUCAUAAAGCAGCCAGGCGGUUUCUGGAAAUAUCAUCUAGGCUUUUUCUGCAAUCACUAGAUGAGCACUUUAGCCACGUGGAUGCAGACCCACAUGAGGUGGCAUUAUGGGUCUUACUAAAGAGGACACAGUCAGCAAAUAAAGCCAUCAGACUCCAAGCUGUGCAGGAGCUUGCAGAAAAUCACCACUGGCACGACUACCAGUACCAGACAGCAGCACAGGUCAUAGACCAGCGAACAGCAGUGGGCCUGGCCCGGACUCCUCAGGUAGACCUUAGAUUCUUCUUGCGCACGCCCGUACUGCCUAACCUGGAAGAUGGUUUGUCAACAGAGGAUGAACUGAGGAAUCUGCUGGGGUCUCUGCCUCAGUCUGAGGUGGACAAAUGUGUUCAGUACUUCACCUCACUGGCCCUCAGAGAGAGCACCCAGUCCUUGGCAGCACAACGGGGUGGUCUGUGGUGUUUUGGAGGUAAUGGGCUGCCUUAUGCCCAGAGCCUCACCUCUGUUCCCUCUGAGAAGGUGGAGUCUUUCUGCCUACAGGCACUGGUACAACACUCGAAGGUCCAGAGCCACUGCGACCACAUAGUUGCAAACGGGGGCCUGCAGCUUCUCCAGAGGGUUUAUCAGCUUCGCCAAGACUCCCUGAAGAUUCAGAGGAACGUCGUUCGUAUCAUAGGAAAUUUGGCACUCCAUGAGAGCAUUCACCAGGCCAUAGCCCAGUCUGGUUGGGUGUCUGUCCUAGCUGAGAUGAUGCAGUCUCCUCAUGUCAUGCAGGCGUCUCAUGCAGCCCGUGCUCUGGCCAACCUGGAUAGAGAGAUGGUGAAAGAGAAAUACCAAGACGGAGUCUAUAUCCUCCACCCACAAACACGUGGCAACCAGCCAAUCAAAGCAGACGUGCUCUUCAUCCACGGGAUUCUAGGGGCAGCCUUUAAGACGUGGAGGCAGAAGGACCGUGUUAUGUUGGAGGAAGAGAAGGAGGCAGAGUGCACGGACGACUACACAGAGUGCUGGCCAAAGACUUGGUUGGCUGCUGACUGUCCAAAUCUGAGAGUACUCUCAGUGGAGUAUGACAGUCACCUCAGUGAUUGGAUGGCCAAGUGUCCGGCUGAGAAUCAGAGGAAAUCGUUGGCCUACAGAAGUCAAGAGCUGCUAAAGAAGUUAAAGCUGGCAGGAGUUGGAGAGAGGCCUGUGGUCUGGGUAGCCCACAGUAUGGGAGGAUUGCUUGUGAAGAAAAUGCUGCUGGAUGCCGCAGAGGACCCAGAUAUGCAAGGACUGUUAAAGAACACCAAGGGCAUUAUGUUCUACAGUGUUCCUCACCAUGGUACUUUUAUGGCAGAGUACUCUGUCAAUGUCAGAUAUCUUCUCUUUCCCUCGAUCGAAGUCAGAGAGCUUUGUAAAGACUCACCAGCACUGCGCGGCCUGAAUGAGGACUUCCUGAACAUGGCCAAAGACAAGGAAUUCAAGGUGCUGAGCUUUGCAGAGACGCUGCCAACAAACAUCGGUCCUAUGAUUAAGAUACUGGUGGUACCGACCCAGUCAGCAAAUCUCGGCAUCGGGGAGCUCAUUGAGGUGGAUGUAGAUCAUCUCAGUAUCUGCAAGCCAGAGAAGAAGGACUCAUUUCUGUAUAGGCGCAGUCUCCAGUUCAUCCAGGAAGCACUGCAGAGCUACAUCAGCCACUGACUGAAACAUAUGAACACAAACACACUGAAACAACCUACUGAUUACUUGAAACGGGGUAGAGAGCACUGUCACCCACCCAAAACCAAAUGGAAACAUAACAGCCUGUACUUUGUGUACGUUUACAUUAACAACCACUAAUGUUACUGUAGUAUAACCAGGGAGAUUACAUUUAUUUACAGAGUUGUCAGUUGUGAUGGAAGAAACCUGGGUGCUUAUUUUGUUCUCGUGAUCAUCCUCCAUCCUAUAUUGGCCUCUCUUAUGAGUGAGUAGUAGUAAGAUGAAUUUUACAGAUCCCUUUAAUUUUUAAAGAAUUACAAAAUGUACAAAUUCAGGCUGUUAAAUUU